CCAAACCUGUUCAGUUACCUCACGCAAAGAAGUAAGGAUCAUUACUCAUUUCCCCAUUUUCUCAAUUUUCCCGCCAGAACAAAAAAAAAGUCGAAAAAUCCCCGCUAAGCAUUCCCCAAAUGCAAAUAUAAAGUAAAAUUUCUCAUUCUCAUAAUCACUUAAGCUUCAAAGAAAGAGGUUCACACUUUUAGUGUUUCUUUCUCCAUCACCAAAAAUGGAAGAAGGGUUAAUAUCAGUAGAUCGUUGGGGAAAGGGUAGUGAAGCAUACUUCUUAACACAUCUUCAUUCCGAUCACACUAAAGGUCUCUCUUCUAAAUGGUCACAUGGCCCACUCUUCUGCUCUCCAAUCACCGCCAGACUACUUCCCAUCAAAUUUCCCAAUUUCAAUCUCUCCCUUCUUCGCAUUCUUCAUACUGGCACUUCUCACACUCUCUCACUCCGUUCGCCUUCUUCUUCCGAUCCCACCACCGUUGUUGUCACCGCUAUCGACGCCUGUCACUGUCCCGGUUCGAUUAUGUUGCUUUUCCGCGGAGAUUUUGGUUGUGUGCUUUAUACUGGUGAUUUUCGUUGGGAAGCUGGUUGUGAGAAGGCAAGGAUUGCCAAAAAUAUGCUUGGUGUUGCUCUUAAGGAACAUGAUGGUGAUGUUGAUGUUGUUUAUCUUGAUAAUACUUAUGCUAAUCCUACUUAUGAUUUUCCUACUCGUAGCGUUGCGGCUCAGCAGGCAAUUGAUAUAAUUUCGGCGCAUCCUGACCAUGAUGUUGUUAUUGGAAUCAAUAAUUAUGGGAAAGAGGAUCUCUUGCUUCAGAUUUCAAGUGCCCUUGAUAUAGAUAUAUGGGUGUGGCCACAGCGAUUGCAGACUAUGCAUCUUCUUGGUCUCCCUGAUGUAUUUACAACCGAUACAAGUGCUACUAGAGUCAGAGCUGUUCCAAUGUAUUGCUUUAGCAUGGAUACAUUGGAUGAAUUAAAUUUAUACCGCCCAGGAAAAUGCCCAACUAUAGGAAUUUUGCCAUCAGGUCUUCCAUGGGUAAAGAAAUCCCUUAAAAAGAACGAGUUUCUUUCUGGUUCUUUUUUGACAUUGCGUUAUAAGAGACGCAGAUGUGACACAGAUAGUACUCAGGUCCAGAUGGAUAAGCAAAAUGCAAAAACAGGAUCUCCCAAAAUGUUGAACAAGUAUGUAUUUUCAGUUCCCUACUCUGAUCAUUCAAACUAUGCAGAGCUGGAGGAUUUUAUUAAGCUUGUCAAGCCAAGCAGUCUGAAGGGUAUUGUUUCUUCCUCUACAUGCUAUAUUGAACCCAUGUACUAUUUUGGCCGACUUUGUACCGGUAACCAACCAGUACAGCAGUUGCAUAACAGGUCUAAACUGAUAGAAAGUUGUAAUGUUGAAGAGGAUGAUGAUGAGUUAGAUAGAAAGAUAAGCAAGGAAAGUUAUAAAAUGAAUGACAUUGGCAAAAGGGUAGUAACAAUCAGCUCUGAAACUUCAUUUGAAGAUGAUUAUGUUGAGUCAGACGAUGAAACUUCAUUUGAACAUGAUAAGUCUGUGUUAGAUGAAACUUCAUGUGAAGAUUGGAAUGUUGAGUUAGAUGAAACUUCAUUUGAAGCUGAUAAUGUUGAGUUAGAUAGUAACAGAAGCAAGAACAUGUUUGAAAUGAAAGAAAAUGGUAAAAGAGUAGUAAAUGUCAGCCCCGAAACUUCGGUUAGAGAUGAUAGCGUUGAGCAAGGGAGGAACAGAAUGAAGGCUUUGAAGGUUAAGUUAUUAGGUUUUCGUAUGAGAAGGUUAAGAAAACAGCGCAGAGCUAAAAUUUCAUACCAUGUUAAAGAAGAAAUUUGGUUUUCAGAUUAAGUUUUCAUAUGAUCACUGCUUUUGAAGUCAAUGUUGCAAGGUAUGAUCUACUAUUCACCUAACUCAAUGUAUCAAGAAGUAAUUGGAUGAUCUUUUGUACCCUUAUUGGAAAGAUUUUGCAUUUUGAACACUACAAUCUGCUUGUGACAGAAGAAUUGUAACAUGAAUUUGUGGUACACAUUUUGUUGAUAACUCAGUAUGGUCUGAUUCACAUGUGUAGGAAAAA